CCCCAUGAGGAAGCUAGUGGCUCUGACCCUGCUGGGGGCCAGCCUGGCCUCUGUCUGGCAGAGGUUCCUAGCGUUUAGAGACAAAUUGAAUAUAUCUCAAAAAGAGGAGCCAGUAGAACCCCAGAACUGCCACCUUGUUGAGGGAAUUGAAUAUGGCUCUGAAGAUAUUGAUAUACUUCCUAGUGGGCUGGCUUUUAUCUCCAGUGGAUUAAAAUAUCCAGGCAUGCCAAACUUUGCACCAGAUGAGCCAGGAAAAAUUUUCUUGAUGAAUCUGAAUGAGCAAAACCCAAGAGCACAAGCACUAAAAAUCAGUGAUGGAUUUGACCAAGAAUUGUUUAAUCCACAUGGGAUCAGUACUUUCAUCGACAAAGACUAUACUGUGUAUCUUUAUGUUGUGAAUCAUCCCCACAUGAAGUCCACUGUGGAGAUAUUUAAAUUUGAGGAACAACAGCGUUCUCUUGUACACCUGAAAACUAUAAAACACAAACUUCUCAAAAGAGUGAAUGACAUUGUGGUUCUUGGACCAGAACAGUUCUAUGCUACCAGAGAUCACUAUUUUACCAGCUUCUUUAUGUCACUUAUUGAGAUGAUCUUGGAUCUUCGCUGGUGUUACGUUCUUUUCUACAGCCCAAGAGAGGUCAAAGUGGUGGCCAAAGGAUUUAAUUCUGCCAAUGGGAUCACAGUCUCACCAGACCAGAAGUAUGUCUACGUAGCUGAUGUAAUGGCUAAGAACAUUCAUGUAAUGAAAAAGCAUGAUAACGGGGACUUAACUCAGCUGAAGGUGAUACAGUUGGACACCUUAGUGGAUAACUUGACGGUCGAUCCUGCCACGGGAGAUAUUUUGGCAGGCUGCCAUCCUAAUCCCUUAAAGCUGCUGUUCUAUAACCCAGAGGAUCCUCCAGGAUCAGAAGUACUUCGUAUCCAGAACGUUUUGUCUGAGGAGCCCGGGGUGAGCACUGUGUAUGCCAACAAUGGCUCUGUGCUUCAGGGCAGCUCUGUGGCUUCUGUGUACCAAGGGAAAAUGCUCAUAGGCACCAUAUUUCACAAAGCUUUGUACUGUGAGCUCUAGACUCCAGACAUUCGGUAAAAGUAAGCCCCUAAUUAUAUGGUAUGUGGAACUGUGAGAAAAUAACAAACAUCUAUUAUACCUAAAAUAGCAAAAAACAAAAGUAUGUCUUGCUUUUCUUAUGGAUAGAUGUAAAGGAGCAGAGGAAGGUUACAUAAAAUCCACCAAAUUGUAAGUCAUGUUAGUGACAGUACAACAAGAAGCCAAACUGCUCAACUCUUUGUCUAGCAUCCCCAAUGUUUCUACAAUAAGAAGUGUGGGCUGUGACCACUGAGGUCUCCAGCUCACCCAGAGCCCUUUGGUAACCAUGUAGGAAAAUUACCUCCUACAACUGUGAUGUUCUGAGUCUCCUACAGUCCAGACCAGGAGAAAAGUUAACAUUCAAAUAUUUACAAAUCCUCUUCUCUUCCCCCAAUUAAUGCUGGGCAUAAACUGCUAAUCAACUGUCCCAGCCCACAGGUAAAAGCAAGAACUGGCAUCACGAGACUGCCCAAAGCCCUCCUCAAGCACAUGUUCUCACCAAGUACAGACAUUCAGAAAAUCGGGUUCUGAGAAAUCUGACAGCGACAGGCCUCACUGGUUACUUUAGGGCAGGCAGGGCUGAUCCGUUCAUUUGUAAUAAGUCUUUAUUUGUACUGAUGCUUGUAUCUGAAGUAUUGCUAAUGUGCUUGGCUUUCAAACAUUAUCUUUGUCUGCUUAUAGCUCACUCUUCUGUUUAAUUCAAUAAACACUUACUAAACAACCUAAA